AUGCCCCGCUACUGCAUGCCCGUUGCACAGCAGGGAGGCGUCCGACGUAACCACGACGUGCUUUGUCACCUGCCCAAGAGGGACUCCACUCCGGAGAAAGCCACAAAGCAGUACAAGGUGUUGGUGUAUACUAAUGGUAAGAAUACAAGCCGUUUUUCCCUGACACUGGUGGACUCAAACAAUAAGACCAGUGAGGCAACCUAUGUGAAAAAAUCAUGGACUGAGAUGUUUUAUGGAUUGGGAAAGGAGAUCACUAUUUACAUCAAUGUAGAGAAAGACCUGGGAGACAUUGUGAAGGUGAAAAUAGAAAAGUACGAUGCUCCAUGGUUUUGUAGUUAUGUCAGAGUGAAAUCUCCCUCUGGAAAGUCCUUUGAGUUCCCCUGUUAUAGCUGGUUAGAAAAGAAGGAAGGGGUGAUCAGAGAGGGCAGUGCUCGAUUGCCUCAGGAUGACAGCGACAUUUUUAAAGAGGAAAGAAAAGAAGAACAAAAUGCCGCGGACCACCCAGGCCCCGUCACGCUCACCUACCCAGUUUCCGAGCUGCAGUUGAGCUCAGGAGGAGUCAGACGCAGAGAUGUCAGCCAUGCCUUCCCAAGCCGAUGUGUGCUCUGGGUUGCACGCAGUGCUCGCAGCUGGAUUCUUGGUACCUGUAUACGGAGUGCGGUGGCAAGGCGUGCUCCACCCUGCUUACACUGGUGUGGGUCAAGCUGCUUCCCCGCUUCAUACCAUGACCAGGCAUUGAAGAAACUGGACAAGGAGAGGCACGACCCAGCAGUUAUGCAGGAACUGCACACCCCCACUGACCUCGCUCUCCGGGCGACCAAGAUGGCACAAACUGUUUCUUCGGUUGCCUUCGUGGGUCGACCAUACCACUACAAGGUCCUGCCCUUCGGUCUGGCACUGUCUCUCCGUGCCUUUACUAUGGUCGCGGAGGCUGCUCGCGCUCCCCUCAGGGAGCAGGGCAUGCGUAUCCUCAACUAUCUCCUAGGCGAGAGGGUAGCGCUUCCUAGUGUUCCUUACGGUGCCCCGCAGAUGUUUCGCCUCUGGAGUGUCAAAGGCCACUGCCUCUACAGCCUGAAUUUGAUUGAAGACUGGAAUACCGAUUACAUGUUUGGCUAUCAGUAUUUGAAUGGCUGCAAUCCUGUCAUGAUCAGGAAAUGUGUGGAACUUCCAAAGACAUUUCCAGUCACACAUGAGAUGGUGGAGGGCUCUCUGCAGAGAGGUCUCACCUUACAACAGGAAUUAGAGAAAGGAAACAUCUACAUAGCUGAUUAUGAAAUCUUGGAUGGAUUGACAGAAAAUAAGAUAAACCAAAACACCAAGUUCUAUCUGACUGCACCCAUCUGCCUACUGUACAACAACAGACUGGACCAAAUUGUGCCAAUUGCCAUUCAGCUCAGUCAAAGACCAGGGGAAAGCAGUCCGAUCUUUCUCCCAAAUGAUAAAGAACACGAUUGGAUGCUUGCCAAGAUGUGGGUAAAGUCUUCCGACUUUAUUGUACACCAGCUGGUCACACACCUUCUCAAGACACAUCUGAUAUCAGAGGUUUUUGAAGUAGCCAUGUACAGACAGCUGUCUCCAGUCCACCCAGUAUACAAGUUACUGAUACCUCAUGUCCGUUUCACAAUUGCAAUCAAUACACGAGCCCGUGAAAAGCUCAUCAGUGAAGACGGUUUCUUCAGCAAGACUAGUAGCAUAAGUGCUGCUGGGAUUGAGGAAUUGAUGGAAAGGGCAAUGAAGACUCUUACCUACAAGUCCAUGUGUUUCCCUGAGGCCAUAAUUGCUCGAGGAAUGGAAAACACUCCCAAGUACUACUAUAGAGAUGAUGGCAUGAAGAUCUGGGAGGCCAUAUACAGUUUUGUUGACCAGGUGAUCAAGAUCUACUAUGACAGCGAUGAGAAGGUUCAAAAAGAUGUGGCGAUUCAACAUUUUGUUAAGAACGUUAACUUUGGGAUGGAGGACUUCAUCAGUGACAGGAAGGACCCUGAGGAGUUUCCACAGUCUCUGAAAACUCGUGAGGAGCUAGUUGAGUACCUCACUGCAGUAAUAUUCAAUGCUUCAGCACAGCAUGCCGCAGUCAACUUUGGACAGUUUGAGUGGUAUGGCUGGAUUCCCAACAGUCCUUCCACUAUGCGCAAGCCUCCUCCCCGAGAGAAGGACUCCGUGGAUGUGAAACAUAUCAUGAAUACUUUGCCCGACCGUGAUUGUUCCAGAACAGUUCUAGGGACAGUUUGGGCCCUCAGUCGGUUCCAGGAAAAUGAGCGGUAUUUAGGCAUGUAUCCAGAUAUGCACUUCACCGAGCAACCCGUGAAGGAAGCCAUCAUGACUUUCCGCCAAAAACUAGAUGAGCUGACCGACAGCAUCAAGCAAAGGAACAAAGGAUUAACAAUGAGUUAUUGUUAUUUGUCCCCAGACCAAAUCCCCAACAGUGUUGCAAUUUAA